GUCCUGACUACUUUAAAGUUCUGAGUCCUGACACGCACUCCCUAAGAACCUCAGAAACCUGACGAGCCUGAACUCUCGACAACUCACACACAAGACGUAGCGAGAUCAAAGGAGGAAAAGAAAAAAUUGCAGGAAAUGGGAUCUGGUACUGGAAAUUUUCUCAAGGUGGUGCUAAAAAACAUUGAUGUUCUUGCCGGGCCUGUCGUUAGUCUUGCUUAUCCUCUAUAUGCCUCAAUUAGGGCAAUUGAGACUAAGUCCCCUGUUGAUGAUCAGCAAUGGCUCACAUACUGGGUUUUGUAUUCUAUGAUCACACUCUUCGAGCUCACCUUUGCUAAAGUCAUUGAAUGGCUCCCUUUUUGGCCAUAUGCAAAGCUGAUUGCAACUUGCUGGUUGGUCAUACCCUACUUCAGUGGUGCUGCAUAUGUUUAUGAGCAUUUUGUGAGACCUCUCUUUGUUAAUCCACGAACUGUUAACAUCUGGUAUGUUCCAAGGAAGAAGGAUGUCUUCAGUAAACCAGAUGACAUUCUAACUGCUGCGGAGAAAUACAUUCAAGAGAAUGGACCAGAUGCAUUUGAGAAUAUCAUUAACAGGGUGGAUAGGGAAUCCAAGUCCAGAGGUAGCAACUAUGCUAUUUUUUGAUGAGGACCAUAGAUAGAGAGCCUUCUAGUCACAGUAUGUUCUAUUGUGGCCUAACCUCCCAACCGAGAGAAACAUUUGUGUUCUGUUGUUAUAGUUGCCUUAUGUUCCAUCCUUGGUUUUUCUGUGUCUGCAGUCUAAUAUGGUCUUCUUUGAAAGAAUUCUAAGUUUUCUUUUGUUAUAGAAUGUAAUUAUUGUGGUCUGCCUCGUUAUCCCUUUAUCAUGCACACAACUUUUAAAUAGAUUAUAAAAGUACAAAUAUGUGUAAAUUCAUCCAUCCUUGGCUACGGGUUUUCUGAACCAGAGAACAAUUAGAGCUGCCAUAUUUGCAGUUCUUUUUGAGAGGAUUUCUGGCUCA